AUGACUACAGCAAAAUGCUCGUUCAAAGAAUGUGGGUGUAACAUUAUUGCUGUUGACUACUCCAAAUUGGUUUAUUUACCGGCUGCUGUCCUAGAUGAUUACCAGCUUAUGCAAAGUACCAAGUCCACUGAUGUUGACGUAAACACUAAGGGUCCAAAUACCCCAUUCACGCUGGUCACUGAUGUAUGGGCCUUUGAUAAUAUUGGUGUUUCGAAAGAUAUACCUCCAUCGAUAGCACCGGAGACAGGCUCCCAAUACACAUUCCAAUACGAGAACGAUCAGUGGGAUUUGGUGAAGUGUGUAAAAUACAUGAUCUGUGCCGAGUGUGAUAGGGGUCCCAUUGGAAUGGUGUGCCAGAUAAUGACUCCAGACAAGAGCGAAGAACAGAUGGUUUACAUGUUGAGCUUGCAAAGCGUUCAGGUCUAG